CCGCCCUCUCCCCCCACCGCCGGGCCUUCAGUGUAGAACUCGGUGCUGCAGGGAUGGCGUUUAUGGAGAGGGUGCUGGUGAACAAGGUGUUGCUAGACGACACGGUACCGCUUACUGCCGUGAUCGAGGCUAGCCAGAGCCUACAGUCACACACGGAAUACAUCAUACGUGUACAGCGAGGAAUAUCAAUGGAAAACAGCUGGCAGAUUGUGAGAAGAUACAGUGAUUUUGACAUGCUUAACAAUAGCCUGCAGAUGUCUGGUCUAAGCUUACCUCUACCUCCCAAAAAACUUAUUGGAAAUAUGGAUCGUGAUUUCAUAGCAGAGAGACAAAAGGGACUUCAAAAUUAUAUCAAUUUUAUAACCUCAAAUCAUAUUUUAUGUAAUUACGAGCAGGUGAAAAAGUUCUUAGAUCCGAACAACUAUUCUGCAAAUUAUACUGAAAUUGCCUUACAGCAGGUAUCAAUGUUCUUUCGAUCCGAUCCAAAAUGGGAGGUAGUCGAACCCCUUAAAGAAAUCGGAUGGAGACUACGGAAACGCUACUUCCUAAUGAAGUGUAAGAACCAGCCUAAGGAUUACCUUGUCUUAAGUUGGGCUGAUCUGGGUCCGGAUCAAUUCUUGCAAGACAAAGAUUUGCAGUGUGCAAUAAAACUUCUUCCGUCUUGGUCACAUCCUUACAUUUAUAGGAUAACAUUUGCUACAUCAAGUGAAUCCUCAGCUCUUGUAAUCAGGCCAUUUAAUGAAAAGGGGACACUCAAAGAUUUAAUAUACAAGGCGAAGCCUAAAGAUCCCUUUUUGAAGAAAUACUGUAAUCCUAGAAAAAUUCAAGGUCUUGAGCUCAAGCAAAUCAAAACAUAUGGAAGGCAGAUUUUAGAGGUGUUAAAGUUUCUCCAUGACAAAGGCUUCCCGUACGGACAUCUCCAUUCAGCCAACGUCAUGCUGGAGGGAGAGACCUGCAAACUGAUGGAUUUGGAGAACUCAUUGUUAGGACUUCCAUCAUUUUACAGAUCCUACUUUUCACAAUUUAGAAAGAUAAAUACUUUAGAAGGUAUUGACGUUCAUUGUUUUGGUCAUUUGCUAUAUGAAAUGACGUAUGGGCGGCCUCCGGAUUCUGUUCCUGUGGAUCAAUUCCCUCCUGCACCCUCAUUUUCUGUGGUGCCUGUUCUGGAAUCCAUCCUGUCCUCUGAAGCCUGUAAAUGUGGUAUGCCUUCCGUCUCGCAGCUCCUCCAAAUGCCAUUAUUCAGUGAUGUGACACUAAUGCAUUCAGAAAAACCUCAGUUCAAGAUUCCUACCAAAUUAAAAGAAUCACUGAAAACAGCCAAAGAAUGUAUUGAGAGGAGACUAACGGAAGAACAGAAAAUGAUGUACCAGCAUAGACGUUUGACAAGAGCACAGUCGCACCAUGGUUCAGAAGAAGAGAAAAAGAAAAGGAAAAUUUUGGCACGAAAGAAGUCAAAGCGCACAAACUGUGAUGCUGGGGAGGAGCAGUCCAUUAAAUGCAACAAUUCCAACAACUCAGCAGGCUCUGGGGCAAGCUCUCCUCUCACGUCUCCGUCCUCGCCAACGCCACCUUCAACAACAGGAACUUCACCAUGUUUAGUACCAGCUCCACCUCCACCGCCGCCAUUACCCUCCUUAAAGAAGGAUGCGCCAACAGAACCAGCCAGCCCGUCUGUGAAUGGAGCCGAGCGUGGGGCUUUACUCAGUUCCAUAAGAAACUUUAGAAAAGGUGUACUGAAGAAAUCAGCGACAAAUGACUUAAGCUCGCCUACAAUCAGCUGAAGAUGAAUGUACAGCAUCUAGUUCUUUCUGGUUUCCUUUCAACCAAUGAUAUAAUUCUUAGGUUUAUAUUCAAAUUAUUUCACAAAUCAUUUUUAACUGAAAAGGCAGAGUUCUCAGAAAAUACAAAGAUACUCAAUAGGUGAGAAAUAUAAAAAAUACUGUCCAGUUUUGUUAACCAAUUAGUCCAGCAAAGACACCAGUGAGACAAGACUGACCGCCGUUCAGAUUCCUAUCGCGCCAUCUGACUGAUAACUUAAAUGGUUGUGCUACAGUCCCGUUCUUAAAGAGACGUAAAACUCAAAAUUGAAUUCCCUAUAAAUUAAUAUAAAUGAAGCAUUGCAAUAUAGAGUAUUCCAUUAGUUUGCUAUUUUUGUCUUAUAUUAUUAGACUGGCCAAAACAAUUUCUGUAGCCUACAAGGCAUUAGUUUGUUAAACGCAUAGUUACACUAUAAGCAGAGCACUAACUUCCGUAAAGGGGUUAACUGCGUAACUAAAGUCCCAAUCAGGAGUUAAACACAGAAUUCCAAAGAAAAGUACUGCAAACACCAAAUGCGUAGUGCUAAAAUGCUGCAUUUCCCCCAAACCAGCAACAUCUUACCACUCUUCCUUAUAACUUAAGAAAAACAGUAAAUGGGGUUGUGUAGUGCUCUAAGCAAUCACUGCGUAGUAUAUACAACUGGGACAGGCAAUUUUCAGCAUAUUUAAAGAAUCUGAACAUCACCUUCUCUAGUGAGUGUGCGAGAGACAGUAUUUUUUAAUAACAAAAUCAAGCUAAAUAAAUCUAUAGAACAAUGUUUUAAUUUAUAGAGAAUUCAAUUUUGCGUUUCACAUCCCUUUAAAUGCCACUAUUUUGUAAAAAUGGCCUAGUUUGAAUUACUUGUAAUACCUAUACUUGUAGGUAGUUUAUCAUAUUGUAUUUGGCCUAAUAUAUCUUCAAUUACUGUCUAACGUAAAACCGUAUAGAUGGUUAUUUAUAGGUUUAUAUUACAUAUUUUUAGGACCAUAAUAUUAAUGAUCACAUAAAACCAGUAAUUUAUCUGACCUGCUUGUAAUAAUGUUCAGCCUGUUUAAAUACUUCCAAUCCAUUGACUUGAUCUGCUAUAGAAGAUUUUUGCUUUCUAGAUUAGCCGAACUCGUUCUGGACUAUACAACACUUCAUUUCUUACCUUUCUGGUAUAGAGGAUGGGACAUUUAUAACAGAGACUUGUUAACAUUUAAAAUCCGUUACCAAAAGGUAUCUAUUAGGACAAAUUAGAUUACAGAUGGUACCCUUUGCAUAUUGGAGCUUUUCAUGAUUUAUUUAAUCUUUUGCACUUUAAACAUAAAGCAGAGGGAAUGUGUAUAUGUAUGUUUUCUGGAACAUGUAAUACAAUGUAUAUUCAGUCAUAUUUUUAUUAAAAUAAUGAACCUUGUAUAA